CCCCCAUCACGUGUGCCGCUCACGUCUGCGCGCUGCCUCGGCCCGUAUUCCCUGCAGCGCCCGCCACUCAGUACUCUGCCCUCGUAUACACCCAUGCUCGCUGCGACCCAUGCACGCGCUGCCGCUUGGCUCGCAGCCAGCUGCCGGGGCCGCUCUGCGGUGAGCCGUGCUCUGCACACCAAGUCCUCCGUCUCCCGAAGCUCCCAUCAAGCCCGGAGACUCUUCUGGUACUCUGCUUUCGCUGUCACUGCCGCUUCCGCUUUGGGAUCAACAAUACGGCUCGAUGCCCCUCCUUCUGACGGAGAUGAUCAAGACACCGAGUUGGACCCCGCUACCUCAAUUGCGUUUCCGAAGACUCUCCGCAUCCCAUCGAAGACACCCCUGCCUGAAUUCUCUCUGAUGGGACUAGGUGUUAGAACCGUCUCUUUCUUGGGAAUAAAGGUGUACUCCGUCGGGUUCUACGCAGAUCUCACGAACCCCAGCCUCAAGAUUCCAAGGUCUGCGUCUCCCGGCGAGCAAAUUGAGUACAUCAUACGGAACACGGCAUGUGUUCUGCGGAUCAUACCUACGCGGUCGACGUCAUACGGGCACUUGCGGGACGGAUUCAUGAGAGCUUUGCAAGCGCGCUUGAUGCUAUGCAAGCAACGCGGGAGCUUACCCCAGGACGAAGACACUGCCAUCCAGUCACCGCUACGCAAGUUCAAGUCUAUGUUCCCAAAUACUCCGCUUGCAAAGCAUGUGCCCCUCGAUAUUUUGCUCACGGCGCCGAGUUCGCAACCUCGUUCAUUGAUUGUUCGUGACCUCGGAUCCGUGCAAAGCGAUUGGCUGGCUACCGAGUUUGUUCUCGCGUACUUCGAGGGCAACGGCUUAAGUCCACCACUCAAGAAGAAGGUGGUGGAGAGACUUGAGGGCCUUGGACAGUAAGGUGUUGCGAGAACGGGGUGGCCUUCACUUGUUGCUGCGAAGUCUGUAUGUAUGGUCACGGCGCUUUGUUUCGUGCCAUCACUAUGUACUCUGGGCCUGACCUUGCUGCAUCUUUGAAUAUAUAUGCCAGCCGUUGUCCGUCGCUGGGCGUUGUCGAUUAGACGUGUAGUCGGGUUUCGCCGCUGCAUUGCUCCUUGAUACCAGGGCCGGCAACAUCAGCGAUGUACUUGAUGCUUGAG